UCCGUGCAGCUCGACCAGGACACCCGUUCCUCGAGCUUACGAUCCCGCUCGCCUUCCUUCUUCCUUCCCGGUCCUCUCUCAUUUCUUCAGAUUCGACAUGGAUCACUCCAGAGACCCCUGCCCCUGGGUUGCCCUGAGCGACUUCGGUGGUGCUUUCUGCAUGGGUGCAAUUGGUGGUGCAGUCUGGCACGGUGUGAAGGGUUUCAGAAACAGCCCCUACGGAGAGCGUCGGAUAGGUGCUAUCACAGCUAUCAAGGCUCGCGCGCCCGUUCUCGGUGGUAACUUUGGUGUUUGGGGUGGUAUGUUCUCGACGUUCGACUGUGCGAUCAAGGGUAUCAGAAAGAAGGAGGACCCCUACAAUGCUAUCAUUGCUGGUUUCUUCACUGGUGGUGCUUUGGCUGUCCGUGGUGGUGUCAAGGCCGCCAGAAACUCCGCCAUCAUGUGUGCUGUCUUCCUGGGUGUGAUUGAGGGUGUCGGUAUCGGUUUCCAGAGAAUGAUGGCCGAUAACACGAAACUAGAGCUUCCUCCUCCCCCUCCGUCCGACAAGGCCAUCGCUUAAUUCACCAAUCCCUUCACGUUAAGACCUACGAUUUCCCCCGUUGUCAGCAAUAUGCUCA